AGACUGGUCCGCUACCCCAGCCCCCCCUCCUGGGGGCUGACGGGUAGCCAUGGACUUGUACUUAAACAGCUGUUUAAAGGCUGCAGAAGCUGCUGCCGCCAAUGGGGCUUCUGACGACCUAAAAACGAAACAAGGCACCUGUACUUCUAAGAAACAGAAGCCUGUCGUUUUAAAGAUUGGACCAUCUGGUCUGUUGGAUUUGCCUCUUGGGGCCAAACUGCCCGUUAUCCCCGGAAGUACUAAUAUAUUCUACACGACAAAUAUAAGUGAAAAGCUUUACCAGCCUUCUUUUGGUUUUAACCUUAAUGACCCAUACUGUAAACUCAUGGAAACCACCUACAAAAGUCUUCAUGAUCCACACUUAAAAUCAUACUUCAAACGAAAAGACAUUCUCAAGAAUCUAAAAAAAGGAGGAUACAUCACGGGAAAUAAUAAAGUCAUAUGUUCCUUAAAAGAGCUGAAUAAAUAUAGACAAUAUCUUACCACUUUGAAAAUCGACUUUGAACAAAAUUAUAUAAGAGAACAAAAAAUGAUUGAAAGACAAGUAAACAAACUGAACGAAGAGAAACGAGCCUGUGACGAAGCUGCCGCUGCUGAGUUUCAGCAGUGGUUGCUACAAGAAGGGAAAAAAGCUAGCCCACAUCAAGACCGAUUGCUAAAACUCAGAUAUUUAAACAUGAUUAACAAAGAACUAAACAAAAUUGAAAACACCUUGGGAAGACGGAAUACACUACAGUUGAAGGAAGAAGACAGACAACAUUGGGACAAUGUUAAAAAUAAACUGAGUCAACACAAACAAGUUGAACAGGAAUGGCAGCUAAAGGAGAUGACACUUCUUUCAAAGAUCGGAGAAGAAGUUAGGAGAGAAACAAAUGUUGAAGAACAUCGACGGAAAAUUAGAGAAGAAAUUAACCAAAAGAAACAAGUAAUGCUACAGAAAAGGAUUGCCUACCAUCUAGAAAAACUGCAAAAGAAAAAUAAUAGAGAAGAAAGGCGGGGAUCAAGUGUCUCUCAAAGCAGAAGGCAAUCUGAAACAGCUUCUUCAACAACCCAAAAGAGAUCAAGUGUCAUCGAGCAGAAAACGUCUCAAGAACAUGUGGAACAAAAACCAUCUACAUCAAGUAUUCGAACAAGUAUCUCUGAACAGAGACUGUUACAAGAAUCAAGAGAAUCAAAAUCUAUUUCACAAACGACAAAAGCCAGUUUUGACGAAGAGGAAUCUUCAUUUUAUGAACAUCUGGAAAGAAAAUUCUCUCCAAUAGAUACAAGGAGAUCGAGUUUAUCUGAGCAGACAUAUGAAGAACUUUCGGAACCUAAAUAUUACCAUUCCAGCAUGAAGAAAACAAGUUUUGCUGAGGAGCCAUUGUUUUAUGAACUUACUGAACAAAAAUAUGGUCCAGCAACCCCCAAAAGAACAAGUUUUGCUGACGAGAAAUUCAUUGAAGACCUUCUAAAAGCAAAAUAUCUUUAUCCAGAUACUAAGAGAACAAGUUUCACUGACCGGAAACUGACGGAAGACGAACUUUUUUUUUUAGCGACUCAUUCAAGCAUAAGAAAAAGAAGUGUUUCAGAUCAGAAAGUGUUUUAUGAACCCGUCAAACCAAAACGUAAUUGAAAAUCUCCACAAAGCAUAAAGAAAACAAGUUUCGCUGAAGACCAAUCAUUUCAACAACUUAUGGAAGCAAUAAGACCUCCACAAUACGUAAAGAAAACAAGUUUCGCUGACCAGAAAUCAUCUCAAGAAUCUCUGGAAUCCAAACGAUCAAGCUAUCAUCCUCAAAAUAAUGACAAGUUUUUUAUUAAGACAUCAACAAUGAUACCACCUGACCAGAGGGAUGUACAAAUUACAGCAGAGCAAAAGGUAGAAAGUUGUGUCACAUAUGUUUCACACUGA